GUCACUACACCAGGCUGCCCAGAGCCACAUCCAGCCUGGCCUCGUAUGCAUCCAGGGAUGGGGAAAUAGACCAUGAAGGCCAGGAUGUUGAAUAGUAAAGUCAAAAGCAGGACAAGUUUGCCUUCCAACAGAGCUCUUCUGAUAGUCUUCUGAUCUGCAGCCCUAAAUGCCUCUCCCUACUGUGUUUCUUGGCAAUUUUUCUGAUCGCUUCUCGCUGAUUUAGGUUUGGAUGUAUAAUUCAAAGCUCUGCCUCUCUUCUGCCCUUUUAAGAGCCACGUUAGCAAAAUCUGCCAGAAUGUAUCCCUAGGUAAUGGACGAGUGCUGAAUAGGCCAAGAUGUGGAAUGGUCCAGCUUGCUUUGAAGCAAUUUAGACUCAGUUCCUGUAUUCAUCUGAUAUGUUCUUCAUAUGAGUGUUUCAGUAGUAUUGUCAUUUCUUCUUGACCUCUGUGCUACAUCUAGGGAUAAUAUUUCUAUGAAUGGGAAUUGGUACUUUUCCCCUACUGCCCUUAAGGGAGUCUUAAUGAGUUUCCUGCCUGCUUUGCGAUCCAGUACUGUAUUUCUCUUUUGCCUGUGAUGAGCAGUAGUAUUUGUUUUGAUAGAUGCUUUUAGGUGCGAUGGUGCUUGGAUACUAAGUGCUAUAUAGAUACAUUAUAAAAAGCUGUUUCCCAGAAACAAUCCUGUGUUAGUUAUGGUGAUAUGCAGCAUGUUGAUGAAAGGAAGUGGGUGGAAAGAAGGAAAUAGAAAAAUGAACAAACAACUGUACCACUAACAGCCCUCUUCUUCAGUUUUUCUUUCUUCUUUUGCCUUUUGUUCUUCUGUUACAGAGGUGCUGGAGGGUAGAGACCAGUUUGAGAGAGGGUGAUCUGUCCAUGAAUCAGACUGUUCUUCCUCAGAGGAGCCAGCAGCACCUUUGUGUUCUGAUACUGAAGAGAUGGGCUGAGACCACCUGGUGAGCCAAGCGCAUCUCUCCUUGGUGAUGCCAGCUGCUGGAGAUGGUUAGAAUAGGCAGGGAUCAGGGGAUGUUAUUUCCUGAGAGUUUUGUGGAGAUUAAAUUACUUUAAGGAAACAAUCAGGUAAGCAGUACGUGAUUAUUUAUCAUUAUUUUCUGUGUGCAGAGAAAGGCUGGCAAGGCUGUUUUUCUGGUUGUAAUUUCUUUGAUUCUUUUAUUGGCUGUGAGCUGGGUUUAGCCCUCUUCCCUGAUCUCCACUAUGAGGAUGUUACUUUGGGUAGUCACCAUUAUUUCUGUGGUUUUUGCUUGUUUCAUCUUCCUUCGGUUUGGAUACAAUAUUGGGAUGACAUCUCACACCCCUCGUGAGUCAAACCUGUGUUCCCUGAAACAGGGAUGUAAUAUCUGUAGGACUCAAGUUCAGAAAGGGAGAACAUAGGCUGCCAGGUAGGGAUAUCUUCUUUUCUCUGUCAUGUGAUGCCAAGGUGGUAGUACAUAGUGGUUGGAGAAAGGUUUCUUUAAAUCUUCUUUUUUCCACUAAUGCACAGCCCCAUUUGAAAAAAGAAAAAAAAAACAAACAAAAACAGGCUGUUAAAACAUAGCUAGUACUGCCAUUACCUCUAUUCAAGUGAACUGGCUAUUUCCCAUCUCUUUGGAGUCAUGUUCUCUUGAUAAGUCUGGGGAUAACUUUAAUUCCUACUGAUUAGCAGAUAACUUCACAGGAGGAAGUUUUCCAGAUUGCUUGAACAAUUCUCACGUUUACUUUUACCUGUAUUUUCUCUGGCGAUGUGGUCAGAAGGACAAGAGAAUUACACUCAUAGCCAAUACAGGUGCCGUAGGAAGAAAAUGAAACACAAAGCAAAACCACCUUUGUAUAGACAUAUUUAAAUGUGCAAGGGAAAAAAAUCUAAUGUUUGGAUACCUUAGUUUGCAUGGGGAAAUUGUGACACUGGCAAAAGAACACUGUUGCUCUUUGUGAAUUUCCAUAGGGAGUGGGCUUACAGCUGAUGCUGACAAACACUCUGCAGAGCAGGCUGCUGGUUGGAUCCCCUCCCUUUCCCUUCUUCCAGGGAGCUGCACAGAGCUGCCCUUUGCUCCUUUGACAGGAGGAGGGGGCAGCUGUUUUGCUCUGUGUGCUUCAUCCUCCUGGGAGGAGCGCAGAUGGGAUUUUUCCUGUUCGAAGCUUCUGUUGGAGCCUCGGUUGCGCUUCCUGCCGUCUGAAGGUCGGCGCUGAUAGCGGAGUCAAACUGCGGUUUGACAGUUGGAGCUGGAUUUGCAGCCAGGAGCUGGGGAUUAUUGCAGUUCAGCUGCACAUAGCAAGUUCUGCUCGCUUUCUCCCCUGUGGUUGCUGUGGAAGCCGGCAUCAAUCUGAGUGGCUGUGUUCCCUUUGCUCCCACGCUGGAAUGUGGGGCCGUGGCUUAGCUGGCCAGGCUGGGCUAGGAGAUGAUGGUUUGUCUUUUGGUAGGAUGGUUGGAGGUGCUGUUACUGUAGUAUCUUCUUUACUAGAAACCAGUGCACACUCUUGGCAGCUCAGGAUGGCUAUAUUGUAGAUUAGUCAGAAGCUUGAAAGCUGAGGGAAGGAGACAGUAGAAAGCCUGGGAAGGAUAAGAGGGGCUGGAGCUUUGCCACCUCAGCCUGACUUGUGCUGUUUUGUAGAGUUCAAGGGAACUUGAGUCUGUGGCCUCCGGAGGCAUUUCAUGUCGGCAAGGUGCUACAUCAGCCUUGAUAGACUUAUUAUUAAUUCUCAAUUAAUCAGGGAAGAGCCUAUCCUUUCUUAACAUUAUCUGUUCCCUCACUCCUUUUCUGCCUCUUUCUCUCUUCCUUUGUCAGAGGGAAUGGUGCUUUCAUGCAAACAGGAAAAGAGACGAGAGAGCACCCUGUGUGCAGUGUGAGUGAACGGCAGUAACCCUGUCUCCUUUCUCCUCCUCUCUGCAGGAUCAAGGGCAGCUGGGAGGGAGGAAGGGAAGGAGGGAGGGAGGAAAUAGAAAGGCUCAGCCCACUUCAGGAUCUCACCCACCAUGAGAACAGUCUCUGUAUCACUUUUUUCCCCUUGUUUCUUGUUUUGACAUGGCACCCUUUGAUCAGGCCGAAACCAAGAGGUGAAGGCGAGGGCAAACCCAAAACCUCAGUCUUUGGAUAUAAGGUGUAAUGAGAGAGAUGGGUGAGAGGAGAGAGAGCAUCUCCUGCUGGAUGAGACAUGCAUGGGAGAGCUGACUUGAUGAACAGUGGCUGCUGGAGUGAGGAGCUCCUCUACAGAGUUUGUACUUCCUUUCUGACUUUCAGUAGCAGAGAAAAACUAAAGACCUUGAAUAAAGUUGCCUGCUGCUCCUUAUUCUGCAGUAACAAUGCUGCAGAGAUGAGAUUAUAGCAAGCCCUUCCUGUGUGGCCUCCAUGGGUCCCACUCAACUCAGCACACAGGACCAUGGGAAGAGGGUGGCAAGUGUAUUUGAGAUGGAGGAGGAAGGCCUUUCACUCUUCUCUGGCUCAGAGAACCCCCCUAAGCAUGCAGAAAACCCCCCGCUGAAACGGAAGAAGGGCCCAGCCCCCAAGAUGCUGGGAAAUGAAGUCUGCAGUGUGUGUGGGGACAAGGCCUCGGGCUUCCACUACAACGUGCUGAGCUGUGAAGGCUGCAAGGGUUUCUUCCGCCGCAGUGUCAUCAAGGGCGCCCAGUACGUCUGCAAGAAUGGCGGCAAGUGUGAGAUGGACAUGUAUAUGCGGCGCAAGUGUCAGGAGUGCCGGCUGCGCAAGUGCCAGGAGGCAGGCAUGCGGGAGCAGUAUGUUCUGUCUGAAGAGCAGAUUCGGCUGAAAAAGCUGAAGAAGCAGGAGGACGAUCAGGCGCGGACAGUCGUGAUGCGUCCAAACCCUCCACAGCCACCAAGUCCUUCCCACCAGCUGACACCUGAACAGUUAAACAUGAUUGAAAAGCUUGUGGCUGCUCAACAGCAAUGCAACCAGCGCUCGUUCACUGACAGGCUCAAAGUGACGCCAUGGCCCCAAGUUCCUGACCCUAAUAACCGUGAAGCAAGGCAGCAGCGUUUUGCUCACUUUACAGAACUUGCAAUUAUUUCUGUGCAAGAGAUUGUGGACUUUGCCAAGCAACUACCUGGCUUCCGGGAGCUCACCAGGGAAGAUCAGAUUGCUUUAUUGAAGACAUCUACCAUAGAGGUGAUGUUGUUGGAAACAUCUCGGCGCUACAAUCCAGAGAUUGAGAGCAUCACUUUUCUGAAGGACCUGAGCUAUAACCGGGAUGACUUCGCCAAAGCAGGUCUGCAGUUUGAGUUCAUUAACCCCAUCUUUGAGUUCUCAAAGGGAAUGAAUGAGCUACAACUCAAUGAUGCUGAAUAUGCACUUUUAAUCGCCAUCAACAUUUUCUCUGCAGACCGACCGAAUGUGCAGGACCAGUCCCUGGUGGAGAGACUACAGCACACCUAUGUGGAAGCCCUUCAUUCUUACAUAUGCAUCAAUAGACCAAAUGAUCAUCUGAUGUUUCCACGGAUGUUAAUGAAGCUGGUCAGUCUUCGGACACUAAGUAGUGUUCACUCUGAACAGGUGUUUGCCCUUCGGCUGCAGGACAAGAAACUUCCUCCCCUGCUCUCAGAAAUCUGGGAUGUGCAUGAGUGACAGCAUGCUCCCAGGGCACUGAUGUGCUGACAUAACGCCAUGUCCCAGCCUUUGCUAACGAGAAGCCAGCCUCCCCUCUCCAAAGCACUGAACUCUGGGCUAGGCAGUGCAGAGAGUGACGAGCUUGGAGUUUCAAUGUUGUAAUGAGACUAUGCAGGAGGCAGCUGGGGUAGAUCAGAUGAUGGGGGUUGGUUUUGAUGUAGUGCCCACACCCCAAAUGAAUAAUACAAAACAUCUGAAAACGGUAGAAAUGAAGACUCUCCACACACAUACACCUCUUUCUUCAGUCUCUUUCUCUUUUCUAAGCAUGUCCUGGGGAUUUGCUAAUUGAUCCUUUCCUCUCUCGUUGAUUAUGAAAAUGAAUUUGCAGGAAUUUGCCAAACCCUCUCUAUUGAGAGUAACCCAGCUCAAAAGGCUUAUGCAGGGUCCCCAGUGUACCUGGAUCUGAGGAGCUCAGGGAAGUCAGUGUGUAUGUUCUAGGGGUGUCACUGGGUUUCCUAUAAAUAAAAUAUCUUCUAUGUGCUGCCCUUUGCAAAGAUUCCAAGAGAAGUAGCUGUUAUUUCCUUAUAGUGAGACUUCAUCUCUAGAGGUGCCCUUUCAUUCUGGCCUUUCUUUGGAAAGAGGAUUCCUCUGAUAUUGGAACUAAAUGAUCUUUAUGGUCCCUUCCAACCUAGGCCGUUCUAUGAUUCUAAUGUGUAGUGCCCUUUGUCUAACAGGGAAAUCCUCUGGGUAGGGAACAUUUGUACACCAGAAAAAUGUCAGGCAUAAAGUAGAGAAUUUAUUUUUUUUUUUAAUGUAAUAUAUCACAAUUCUAUCUCAUGCUGAUUUGCAGCCAGUUCACUUUACCUUUGACUUGCUAACAGCUGGAAAACUUUAGUUCAAAACAAAUCAGGGCAUAGAUUUUUUUCUGUCUUUAGGGGUGGAAGAGAAGAGAGAAAGGUGGGAAGGGCUGGUACCUAGGCAAGAUAGAUGUGGUGAAAGGAUCUCCAAAACUUGCAAGAAUUUGGAGC